UUGCUGCUAAUUCCAAGUAUUUUUUCCAUUUUCCAAAUAGUGGUUCAAAUUGAAAACAAAUACAAAUAGAAUAUCGAAAGCACACCGGCAUCUGUAGUCGAUAAUUUGGUAUUUUAUUUUGAAUAAGCAAUGAAAAUUGAUAUGAAUCCCGAAGUAGAAGAACCUUCUUUAAACAUUCUCAGUACUCCAUUAUCUAUAAGUGAUCUUAUUGUCAAUGGCACUAAAUUUGAAAUAAACGCAAACUUUGACGAUGAAGAAUUUAUUUCGGAUUUAUUCGAUGAAAUCAACCCCGGAUCAGAUAACGAAGAUGAUUCGGACAUCGAUAAUGCCAAACUCGUCUCCCCAUGGCAGCAUUCUUUUGAAGAACUGCGUCUCCAAAUGACCAAGUUAAAUGACUAUAUGUACAAAAAAGUCACGAAGGAGGGCAACAGUGAAAAAGGAACAGUGCCUCCCAUGGCCCGAGUUUGCAUUCGCUACAACGCUUAUUGGGAGGGAGAGGGCGCCCCUUUUGACUCGUCAUUUCUGCGAGGCUCUUCACAUUCCUUUUACACAGGACGAGGUGAAGUCUUGGAAGGCCUCGAAGAAGCCGUCAAAUCAAUGUAUAAAGGCGAAGAGGCUCAAUUUGUCAUAUCUUAUCACUUGCUCUUCCGCGAAAUGGGAUGCCCACCACGUGUCAAACCCAAAGCCGAUGGGCUCUUUAUAAUCGAAUGUGUUGAUUUCAACGCUGUAGGUGAUAUAAAUGCCACAGAUUCACUUACCGAUGAGGAUCGCAAUAAAUUUCCAGCCGUCAUUGCCAAAGCAAAAGAUGUCCAUCUUAAAGGAAUUGAUUUUUUCGGUCAAGGCAUGUACAAGAACGCGUGUAAGGCUUUUAUGAAAGCUGUUCAUGCAUUGAACUUCUGUCAACUUAAAAAUGAAGAAGAGCAAGAACAACAAACUGCUUUCUUGAUAAAGUUACACACAAACUUGGCUGUUUGCUACAAUAAGCUUAACCAAUCUAACAAAACCAUUCUCAUGUGUCGAGAGAUAAGACGCCUAACGAACAACAAAAUGAGUUGUAAAGCUCUUUUUCAGGAGGGAAGGGCUCUGCUUAUGUUAGGUGAGUUUGCGAGAGCUCGAGCAUUAUUAGUCAAAGCUCAAAACCUGGAACCUAGUAAUGCAGAUGUUAAUAAGGAACUAAAAACUUUAGAAUUACGUUACAGUAAGUACAUAGAUAAUGAAAAAGAAUUAUGGACACGAGCUAUGUCUGUAAUGAAGCAGAGUAAAGAUAAACAAAAAAAGCCUUCACAAAAUGAUACGGAUACAGCAUUCCGUGAGGAAAUGGCAAGUAUCAUAGAAUCACUAAAGAAAAAUGAAAAUUUUAAAUCCUUUGAACUGCCAUCUGGUUUAACACCAAAAGAAAUAAGCGUAGUUAAUGAAUUGGCCAUAGAAAAGAACAUGAAAUUGCAGUCAUCUCCUUUAGAAAAUUCCACUUAUACAUUGGUGAAAAAAUAAAAUCAAAGCCUGGCUCUUCCAAAACUUUAAGUACAUGUAUGAUAACUUGUUAAUGCAGUUUGGUUUGUAAAACUUAAAGUCUCAUUUCUCAAAUAUACAUAUUUCUAUAAAAUGAA